ACACCUUUGGUUUCAUUCAAACCACCAUAAAAACUCGAUUAGGAGGGCACAGGCGAAUAGCUGUUUCGCAAUCUUAGCAAUUAUAGACAUCUAACCGACACAAGUUUGUCUCUGCCUCGCUCGCUUCAAUGGAAUCUGUCGAAUCCAAUCGUCAUUUUCAAGCCCUAGAUUACAACCAAAAUCAAAAUCCUGCGUUAUCAGAAACCCUAGAUCCCGGUUCAAAAAGCCCUCCUAAAACCCUCGCUCCCGAUUCUCAAUUUCCGCAAAACGGGUCCGAGAAUGGCCACAAUAACAACAACGUCGAGGAAAAUAAUAAUAAUAACGCUAUCGCCGAUUACGUUAAGCAGAAGCCUUUAUUGUCGGAAAAUGGUCUAACAAACACUCAUUCCGGUACCGACAAGGAUCAAUCGGGAGGUGAGGAGGAGACCACUAGCAGAAGAAGGCGUCGUAGCAGGUGGGAUCCGCCGCCGUCUGAGUUGGGCACUGGCGACCAGGGGAAUAAUAAUAAUGACUCGGGGACUGGGACCAAGAAGCGGAAAUCGCGGUGGGCGGAUGACGAGCCGAAGCCGGUGAUUCAGUUACCGGAUUUUAUGAAGGACUUCACUGGAGGUAUUGAGUUUGAUCCGGAAAUUCAAGCUUUAAAUAGUCGGUUACUAGAAAUUUCUAGAAUGAUGCAAUCUGGUAUGCCUUUAGAUGAUAGACCAGAAGGGCAGAGAAGUCCUUCGCCUGAACCCAUUUAUGAUAAUAUGGGAAUUAGGAUUAAUACUAGAGAGUAUAGGGCACGAGAGAGAUUGAAUAAAGAGAGGCAGGAGAUUAUAUCUCAAAUUAUUAAACGAAAUCCUGCGUUCAAGCCACCAGCGGAUUAUAGGCCUCCAAAACUUCAGAAGAAGCUUUAUAUACCAAUGAAAGAGUAUCCUGGGUAUAAUUUUAUUGGUCUGAUUAUUGGACCGAGAGGAAACACUCAAAAGAGAAUGGAAAGGGAGACUGGUGCAAAGAUAGUGAUUCGUGGUAAAGGAUCGGUGAAAGAGGGCAGGUUGCAACAGAAAAGGGAUUUGAAGCCAGACCCAUCAGAGAAUGAGGAUUUGCAUGUUUUGGUGGAGGCAGAGACUCAGGAAUCACUUGAGGCUGCAGCUGCAAUGGUAGAGAAGUUGUUGCAACCGGUUGAUGAGGUUUUGAACGAGCAUAAAAGACAGCAGUUGAGGGAGCUUGCGGCCUUGAAUGGGACAAUAAGGGAUGAGGAGUAUUGUCGGUUAUGUGGCGAGCCAGGACAUCGGCAGUAUGCAUGUCCCUCGCGAACUUCAACUUUUAAGAGUGAUGUUCUUUGUAAGAUUUGUGGUGAUGGUGGCCAUCCAACUAUUGAUUGUCCAGUGAAGGGAACAGCUGGGAAGAAAAUGGAUGAUGAAUAUCAGAAUUUCUUGGCGGAGUUAGGAGGAACUCUUCCUGAAUCAGCUACCAAACAAGGUUCUACCUUGGCUUUAGGUCCUGGCACCUCUGGAAGCAAUCCACCUUGGCAAAAUAAUGCUGGGAGCUCAGCACACCCUGGACUAGGUUCAGUUGGAGCUAAGCCCAUCAAGGAAUUUGAUGAUACAAAUCUGUACAUUGGAUAUUUGCCACCUACACUUGAUGAUGAUGGUUUGAUUAGGUUGUUUUCAUCAUUUGGUGAUAUAGUGAUGGCAAAGGUUAUUAAGGACCGAGUUACUGGAUUGAGCAAAGGUUAUGGUUUUGUUAAGUAUUCUGAUGUUCAGAUGGCUAAUAAUGCUAUUGCAAGCAUGAAUGGUUACCGCCUCGAGGGGAGAACUAUAGCUGUGAGAGUUGCCGGUAAGCCGCCUCAGCCUACUGUACCUCCAGGCCCUCCAGCCUCAACUGUGCCUGCUUACCCUGCUUCUACUCAGCCAGUUGGUGGCUAUCCAUCACAGCAGUUUACACCUGGUGGUCCUCUUCCUAAUCCCCCACCAGCAAGCUACACUGGGACUCCUGUUCCAUGGGGACCACCAGUUCCUCCACCUUAUGCUCCUUAUGCUCCUCCUCCUCCUCCUCCUCCUGGUUCAACCUCGUACCCUCCUGUCCCUGGUCAACCAAUGCCCCCAUAUGGAGUACAGUAUCCUCCACCUGUGCAGAUGUCUCCCCCUGGUGCCCCAUCGCAGACUGUGACUUCAAGUGAAGCUCAACAACAAAGCUUCCCACCAGGUGUGCAAUCUGAAAGCAGCACUUCUGCUUCAACCGUAUCAGCAAAUAUGUAUGGAAGCUCCAUGGCACCAAUGCCACCAAAUGCUCAACCUGCAUACUCAACUGCUGCAUUAGGUUACCCUCCGUACUACAGUGCAGUUCCUCGCCCUCCACCUGCUCCAUCCUCAACUGUGGACCAUUCACAGAGCAUGGGUAAUGUUCCUUGGGCUACUAAUCCUUCAGUGCCACCUCCUGUUUCUUCUGCAGAAAAGACAACUUAUGGUGCAGAUGCUGAGUAUGAGAAGUUUAUGGCAGAGAUGAAAUGAUUUGGGUCGUUCUAAGUUUUGCUUCUUAAUUGAGAGGCCUGAUGUUUCUUGGAGCACAUAUGAACCUGAUUUCUUACCUCUUGCCAUGACUUUGUUGGAAGUUUGGGACUCACAUCUUUAACCUUGCUGUUCUGUUAUGACAUUUGCAGAGACUUCGCUGAAGUUCGGUUCAUAUAAUUGCAUCUUGGAGAAGCCAUUUUAAAAGCUUAUCAAUAUCAUUUAAAACUCAAUGCUCUUAUGUUGGACUUAAUUUUGUUUCCUAUGGAUGCUUAUUGCCUCCUUUAUAAUGUGUGGAUGCUAAUAUUUUCCUUCUUAUUGUGUGAACUGGUUACUGACAUUUUCUGUUAUUAAAUUGUAUUUUACUUGAUUGGUUUAA